AUGGCCCCCAAACCAAAAGCAAAACCAUCCAAACAACCCCCCCAUCCUACUCCUACAAGACAAGAACAGACCCAGGAACCCCCCUGCGAAUUCACCCACCCCUGCACAACCUCCACAAUCUCCCCCUCCCCCUCCACCCCCGGUAGUGCCAACGCCUCCGGCAGAGGCAGCCACCCCCGCAAACUAAUCUCCCACAUCUUCGGCCGCAACAAAACCUCCACGAAGCUCUUCCCCUCCACCGUCUGGGUGCACUACUGUCGCAAGCACUACCAGCGGGCGCGGUACCGUUCGCGCGCGUGGCCGUUUACGCAGUGCGAGCUGCUGCUCGAUAGUUUGGGGAGGAUGGAGGCUUGGGGCGGGGUGGAGAGUUUCGAGGUUGUGCUUCGGAGGAGGGAGAUGAAUAGGAUUUCCUCUGCGGAGCAGCGGCAGGGCACUGAUAAGAAGAGGGUGGGUUUGAGGAAGGGGAGACGGGGGGGUGGGGCCUCAGCUUCUACCUCUGCAGGGGUUUCUGGGGAUGAGGAGGAUGAGGAGGAGGAGUAUGGAGAUGACGAAGAGGAGUCAGACGACGGUAGGAAAAGACAGAGACGCAAGCCGCGGAUCAAAGCGUGUCCUGUUCCUGGGUGGUUGCGCGCCGAGACAGGGCCUGGGAAGUCGUUUGCUGAGAUCCGGGCCAUCGUUGAGCGGAUCCGAGAGGAUCUGACGGAGCAGCAUCGUCUGACACAAAAAACAAAAGGCACAGGCAAAAGUAAAGAGCAGGUGUUGUUUCCGGAUAUUGAGAUUCUGCCGACGUUUCGGAGCUGGGUUCUGGAGCAGGCUAAGGAAGAUGGGGAGAACACGAGCAAGAAGUCGAGGGUGAGUAGGAAGGGAGCGGUGCAAAAGGUACAAAGGUGA